AUGACGGCCGCGAUGUCGCAGGCAUCGCCACGCUUCCUCCUUCUCGUUCUCCUUCUUUCCGUCUCGGCCGUGGCCCAAGAUGCUGCCGCUCCGAUACGACCAGAGGUCCCCUGCUAUGCCCCCGAUGGAGUCACUAUGGCCGACGACAGCUACCGGCCCUGCAACAACCUUGGUGUAUUGACGGAUGCGGGCAUGUUCACCAGCUGCUAUGAUGAAGAGAAUGGCUCUUUCAAUGGAUCUGCCACCCUCACAUCCUGCCCUGACGGAAAAUUCUGCUGCGGCUCGAAUGCAGGCGACUGCUGCGGAUCUUCUCGUGCCUUCACGAUUCCCCUCGCUGCAUCUCUCACUCGACCCACAGUGACGGAAACGGUCGAGGCCGUUCGAAUUCAACCGAUGACCCCCUUCUAUGUCUGGAUCGCUAUGGGUGCCUCUAUACUGUUUGUCAUGCUCAUCGCCCUUGGGGCAAUGCUGUUCCUCCUCCGCCGUGUCCAGAGGCUCAAGAAGCGCAACGAAGACUUGAUGGAGGCGGCAGUUGUCCGGGUUUCCAAGGCGCCGGUGCUCCCGAGGACACCGCACGUCGCAUCGAUGCAAGAAUUCCAAGAGUUCAACUCGAUAUACGCGGAGCUGCUUGCUCAAAGGGAGAAGCAAGAGCAAAAGGAUAGGGAAAAGGAUAAGCAGAGGGAGCAGGAUAUCGAGCGGAGAAGAAAGAUGAGCAUGAGCAUACGAUCUGAAACCGACACCAUGUACGGCCGAGUGGCACAGUUCGAGGAGUGA